GUGAGUGGUGGAACGCGAACAUAGUUGACGUGGCCAGGCAAGCCUUUCUUACCGGCGGCAAUAUGAGUGUUUCCGAUGCAUAUACCAUCAACGGAAAAACCGGUGACCUUUACCCAUGUUCAACAAAAGACAUCUACGAGCUGGAAGUGGAGACGGGAAAGACCUACUUGCUCCGGAUCAUCAACGCUGCACUCGAUAAUCAGCUCUUCUUCAAGAUCGCCGGGCACCGCUUCACCGUGGUAGCCGUGGAUGCCAGCUACACCAAUCCAUACAAGACUGAUCUGAUCGUCAUCGCCCCCGGCCAGACCGUCGAUGCCCUCAUGGUGGCCGAUGCAACACCGGCGAGCUACUACAUGGCCGCCCUCCCGUACAUCAGCACCGCUAGCCCGCGGCCGGCCUUCGACAACACGACCACCACGGGCAUCGUCCGAUACAAAUCCGCCUCGCCGUCUUCGCAACCCGUGAUGCCGACCAUGCCCUCCUUCUUCGACAACGAUGCGGCCUUCCGCUUCUAUUCCAACCUAACCGGUCUCCUCAGGCCAGGGGACCGCACCGUCCCUCUCCAUGUCGACGAGCGCAUGUUCGUCACGGUGGGGUUGGGCCGGACUGCUUGCCAGCCGGGUCAAGUGUUGUGCGAUCAGACCGCGGGAGCGCUCGCCGCCAGCAUGAACAACGCGUCCUUCCAGUUCCCCACCACCAUGUCGAUUUUGCAGGCACAUUAUGAGGGGGUGAAGGGGGUUUACACGGCGGACUUCCCCGACGAGCCGCCCGUGUUCUUCGAUUUCACCAACGCCUCCGAUCCAUCGCUGCAGUACUUGAUGUUCACGUCCAAGUCUACGAAGGUGAGGAGGCUCAAGUACAACACGACGGUGGAGAUGGUGCUGCAGGACACGGCGAUACUGGGGAUCGAGAACCACCCGAUGCACAUCCACAGUUUCAACUUCUUCGUGGUGGCGCAAGGGUUCGGAAACUACCAUCAAGCCACGGCAGAAAAGAGCUACAACCUCGUGGACCCCCAACAGAGGAACACCAUCGCCGUUCCGACCGGCGGUUGGGCCGUCAUCCGAUUCACCGCUAAUAAUCCUGGUGUGUGGAUCAUGCACUGCCACUUUGACUCCCACUUGCUGCUGGGGUUGGCGACGGCCUUCGAGGUGGACAAUGGACCCACCCCUGAAUCCACCCUCCCCCCACCACCUCCGGAUUACCCCGCUUGUUAGAAGAAGCUGGCGAGGGUUGAGGACAACUGGAAAGUAAAUAAGAUAGAAUAGGAAAAAGACAAACGUCUCACAAGUUUAUUCUGUUUUUAUUCUAUUAUUUUGUUGAAGAUUCCCCAUUGAUUUGUGCUUUCUACCUACUAAGUGUGUAAGAUAAUAAACAGUCC